GGAGGAAAAGAGGAUGGAGUGAAACAAAAGAAUGGAAAGGUUCCCCCUUUUGUUUGUGUUUUUAAUUUGAUCCUUAUUGGAUUUUUUAUAUUUAGCUUUCAACUCGUCUAUGAUUAUCAAAUGAAGGCAGCAGCAAACCAAGAAACAAAUGAAAUGGCUACUUUCAAACUCCCUAAAACCCACCUCUCUCCUCCAAAAACCCUCUGCGCCUUCUCCACUUGGUACUCACCACCCCCACAACCCCCACCAAGACAGUCGCCGCCGCCUUCACGCGAUGAAUCUCCGAUUCUCACAACAAUCUCUGAAGCAAUAAAAAACAUUGAAACAAAACCACUUCACAUUUCUCUCAAAAACAUCCUACCUUCAUUCAAAGCCCAUCACUUUAUUAGCCUCGUUAACCAAAAUCCUUACUUUCUACCUCCAAAAUCCCUCCUUUCUUUCUUUGACUUUCUAUCUUCAUACCCUACUUUUAGCCACACAGUUCAGUCUUAUUGCAGCAUGGUUCAUUUCCUCAUUGCACAUCGAAUGAACCAACAAGCUGAGUGUUUGCUCCAUUUUGUUGUUUCGCGUAAAGGGAAAGGAUCAGCUUCUUCCGUUUUUGCUUCAAUUCUUGAAACUAAAGGUACCCUUGCGUCAAGUUUUGUUUUUGAUGCUUUAAUGAGUGUGUAUACUGAAUUUGGUUACGUGUCUGAUGCUAUUCAGUGUUUUAGAUUGACAAAGAAGCAUAAUUUGAAAAUCCCAUUUAAUGGUUGCAAGUGUUUGCUUGAAAGAAUGAUUAAAAUGAGCUCUCCUAUGGUAGCUUUGAAGUUUUAUCUGGAGAUCUUGGAUUCUGGGUAUCCACCAAAUGUGUAUAGUUUUAAUAUUUUAAUGAAUAGAUUGUGUAAAGAAGGUAAAGUUAAGGAUGCUCAAUCGAUUUUUGAUGAAAUUCGGAAGACAGGUCUGCAGCCCACUGCUGUUAGUUUUAAUACUUUGAUUAAUGGUUACUGUAAAUCAGGAAAUUUAGACGAGGGUUUUAGGUUGAAGAUGGUAAUGGAGGAGUUUAGGGUUUUCCCUGAUGUUUUUACUUAUAGUGCUUUGAUUGAUGGGUUGUGUAAGGCGUGUCAGUUGGAUGAUGCGAAUCAUUUGUUUAAGGAAAUGUGUGAUAGAGGACUGGUUCCUAAUGAUGUUACUUUUACCACAUUGAUUAGUGGGCAGUGCAAGAAUGGGAGAGUUGAUUUGGCCUUGGAAAUUUAUCAGCAAAUGUUUACUAAAGGUUUGAAAGCUGAUUUGGUGUUGUACAAUACACUCGUCAAUGGCCUUUGUAAGAGUGGAUAUUUUAGGGAAGCAAGGAAGUUUGUUGGCGAGAUGACUAAGAGAGGUUUGAGACUUGAUAAAUUUACGUACACUACACUUUUGGAUGGUAGUUGCAAGGAGGGAGAUUUGGAAUUGGCUUUGGAGAUGAAGAAGGAAAUGGUAAAAGCAGGUAUUCAGCUAGAUAAUGUAGCCUUCACAGCCAUUAUUUCUGGAUUGUGUAGAGAUGGAAAAAUAGCAGAUGCAGAGAGAACAUUGAGGGAGAUGUUGAGAGCGGGUUUGAAACCAGAUGAUGGCACAUAUACCAUGGUCAUGGAUGGGUUCUGUAAGAAGGGUGAUGUGAAGAUGGGAUUUAAGUUGCUCAAAGAGAUGCAGAGCGAUGGACAUAUACCAGGAGUGAUCACUUACAAUGUGCUUAUGAAUGGACUCUGCAAGCAAGGCCAGGUGAAAAAUGCUGAUAUGCUUUUGAAUGCAAUGCUCAAUUUGGGUGUAGUUCCAGAUGACAUUACUUACAACAUUUUAUUACAAGGGCAUUGCAAACAUGGGAAACUAGGAGACUUCCAAAAUUUCAAGACUGAAAUGGGGCUUGUUUCUGACUAUGCAUCUUAUAGAUCACUAUUGAAUGAGUUGAGCAAAGCUUCUAAAGAUCGUCAAAAGAGAUGAUUUCUGACGGUUGCAUAUUUCAUAUACAGACCGUUGAUAGUUGAUAAACUUAGAUUUGAUCUCUCAGUUGAUCAGAGCGUAGUAUCAGAAGCUAGACUAGCUCCUCAAGAAACGAACACCACAGCAUCACCAUGUAAUGCUUGCAGAACUCGCAAAUAAGAGAGCACUUUAGGGAGAGAGACUACUAGCUCAUUAAUAUCAGAAUCGGAGGACCUAAAUUUGAAGUUCAGAGCAUUCAACAAAGGAAUCAGAACCAGAGGCACCCAACUUUGCCAAAGCUUUUACCCUCUCCAAGAACGAGUAAUUUUGCAGGACCAGUUGCUGUUAAACAGCUCAUUAAUAUCAGCAACUAGAGCAUCGUAUGGAUGAAAUAAAGAAUUGCCCUCCCUGACCAUACGAAAGGCUUCCUGAGAAUCAACUUUAAGAAUCAUCUUUCUAAAUCCCAAGCUUCCAAGCAUGAUGUAAAAUUGUAAACCUUGCUGCAUAGCUUGAAGUUCAGUUCAGCCACCAAAACCUGAAUAAAUUAUUCAUACGAGAAUAUUUUGUAUCAGAGAAUUAUAUUAUUUUUUUAAUAAUUAGCCCAUAAGUAGAAAAUUUC